CUCGCCUCCGUCCCAACAGGACUCUCCGUCUCUCCGCCGCCGCUCUGAUUGCGAUGGGUAUGGUAGCGUCGUUGCUGCGACGCUAUGCCUCUGCUAAGCCGAUCGCGCGGUACGAGGAGGGGACGGGAGAGUACAAGGUGAUGUCCUUCAAGGAGGAGAGACUCGGGCCAGCAGAUCUGGACGCGCGCGGCGACCGGUGCAUGUCGACUGCUCGGCGCCGGCGAGGGUGGAGUUUCGCCGUCUCAUGGGGCUUCGAGGAGGCGGCUUACUCCUAUGUCCUCGCCGAAAACUGGAGAAAAGCAGCACUCGUAUUCAGCGAGCAGGCCGCCUACGACCUCCAGUUUAGCGAUGAACGUGAACUAAAUGCGGCAUCCGCGCUUCUACGAUCCGCCAGGUGCUACAUGCAGAUUGAAGACAAAGAGGAGGGGGAGGUUGCUGCCACUAAGCAUGCGUUGGAGAAGGCCGUCGCAUUGCUGGUCAAGAAAAACCAUCUGUGUUUGGCUGCCACGGGUUGCGUGGAGCUUGCACAGUUCUACAUGUUGCAUCAACAGCUGCAAAAUGCUCUGGAUUCCUAUGAACAAGCCGCAGAUUAUUAUGGUGCCUAUCGGCGAGCCAACCGGUACUGCAGAUUCAAAGCUAAUAUGGUCAGAUUUAUGUUGGCCAACGAAGAGAUGCUUCGUGUCAACGGGGUGCUGCCCAUUAAGGACGAUAAAAGAAGGUUCAUCAAGUCAUCUGAUCCUGAUUGGCGUACGCAAGUGCGCAAAUUGUUCAUGUCAACCAGUGUAAUACAAUCCUGGAUGUAGGGAUUACUUCAUGGUUAUGUUGGUUUUACUACUUUUGUAACUUUUUACCACUUAGUUGAACUUAUGCCACCACUUUAUUUUUUUAA